AUGUCGGCGUCAUUGAACGUAAUUGCUUUAAUCUCCGGAGGCAAAGACUCGCUCUUCUCCAUUCUCCACUGUCAAGCAAACGGCCACACCGUCGUAGCACUGGCCAAUUUGCACCCAGCGCUUUCCACCAAUGACGACGAAGAAGACAUCAAUAGCUACAUGUACCAGACCGUGGGGCAUUCGGUCAUCCCACUCUAUGAAGAAGCGCUAGGAAUCCCGCUCUAUCGACAAGAGAUCAAGGGUACCGCAGUGGACUCGAGUCGAGACUACGCGACACCUUUGCAAAAGCAAGAGCAGGAUGAAACUGAAGACUUGGUUCCGCUGUUGAGAAGGGUCCUAGAAGCACAUCCUGAGGCCAACGCUGUGUCUACAGGGGCUAUCCUGAGCACAUAUCAACGCACGCGUGUGGAGUCUGUAGCGGUCAGGCUGGGGCUUAUGCCGCUAUCGUAUCUAUGGCAGUAUCCUUUGUUGCCACCCUACACACAGUCGUCACUCUUGCAUGAUAUGACGGCUGUAGGGCAAAAAGCAAUUAUCAUUAAGACAGCGUCAGGUGGUCUGGAUGAGGACUUUUUGGGUCUCGAUGUCGCUAAUUACAAGACUAUAGCUAGGGUGGCCAAGGCCAUGGGACGCUAUGGUGACGCUGGCGACGGCGCGAUACUAGGUGAGGGGGGUGAGUUUGAGACGUUGGCUUUGGACGGACCCAGAUCGCUCUGGAAGAAGAGGAUCAGGAUCGAAAAUGGACCACCUGGGAAGCUGGAGGGUGGCCAAGCAGUGCUAAAGAUUAAGAACAGCACGCUUGAGGAGAAGGGUGCAGAUGAAGAGGCUGCUGCUGGGCCACUAAGAAUACCGGAGCUUUUGGACGAGGAGUUCACGAAGUUGCUAGCAGCCACAGAUGCCAGCAAUGAGGGUAGGCAAGGUGUGCCCACUGACACAGGGUCUAUCGUCCAGUCUCUUGGGCCUGUCUCUCAAGCGGGCAUCCCAUCAGUAGUAGAUCGGCUAUCCUGGAAUACAUACAGUGAUACUUCGACAGUCUUCACAUACUCCAAUCUAGUAAGCGAUGCCUGCACCGCGUCCUCAUCCGAGUCCCCAUCCCGCCAGCUCUCCAAGAUCUUCCUCCGUCUCGACCACAUCCUGAAGCAAUGCCGUAUUCCCAAGAGCAGCGUCAACCACUGCACACUACUGCUCCGUGACAUGGCGGAUUUUACAGUUCUCAACCCAAUCUACGCGCAAUACUUCAGCAGCGUGAAUCCACCAGCCAGAGCCACCAUAGCAGUUGGGGACACAAUGCCAAAGGGCAUAAAUGCCAUGCUGAGCGUAGUCGUGGACAAAGACGAAAGAGAUCAAGAUGGAGAGGUCCUAAGACCAGUGAAGAGACAAGGACUCCACGUACAAGGACGAAGCUACUGGGCACCAGCAAACAUCGGACCCUACAGCCAAGCCAUCUCCGUACGCCUGCCUACAAGUAAUGAGCUCAACGAAAACAACGCCCAGAACAGCGGAGAAGUCGUGUACGUAGCUGGUCAGAUCCCCCUAAUGCCCGCAUCCAUGGACGUGUACAAAGAACAUGGUUUUAGAGGUCAAGCAGUCCUCUCCCUCCAACAUCUUUGGCGCAUCGGCCGCACAAAAGGAGUGAAAUGGUGGCCGGCAGCCGUAGGUUUCAUUCCCGCAUCCGAACACGCGGAAGAGUCUGUACGAGUGGCACAAGAAGUCUGGAGAGCGACCCACACACCUCCCUCCUCAGCUGAUAACGAUGACAACGACGAAGAGGACGAAGACGCGGACAUAGACCCCUGGGACCGCUUGAAUCAACACCACACCUCGACAUUCAAAGAUUCCACUUAUCGCUCUCCCAUCCCCGAUCACUCUGCGAUUUCUACCCUCCAGAUUCAAGGCCAAGACCAAACCACAGGCGCGAAUAUGAGCGAAACACGAACGCUGAUACCACCGUGUUUCAUCGCUCAAGUAUCUUCUUUACCGCGUGGUGUAGAUAUAGAAUGGAGCGCUACGGGUCUAACUUCCUCUUCCAUGGCAUAUUGGCGCAACCCCACGACCCCACAUUCCACGACGACAACGCCGCGGGAUGCUCGAUCGAGGUUCUUCACCCUCGAGUUGAGGGAUGAGGGGGACGUGGAGUGGCUGGGGAAGCAAAGGUGGACGAGUGCUACGUUGUAUGUUGGAAGGGGGUUUGAGUGGUUUGGCAAAGAGGGCGUAGAUAUGAAGAUGGAAGGUGUGCAGUGGAUUCCUUGUCAGAGGGUUUGGGGCGAGGAUGGGAGGGAGGCUUGUGCGGUUUUCGUAGGGAGAGUUGAUGGGUGA